CCAAAGACAUAGGAAUAGUGUUGUGGAGGAUAAGCCUGAAUCUAACUUGUUUCUUUUUUCUUCAUUACAUUUUUGAAAAAUACAUUGAAGAAGAUAAUAAAAAUGUCCAGCAUGAAAAUAUGAAUUUAUACUCUUCUCUUAUUGCCCAAUGCGCGCACACAAAAUCGUUAACUACCCUCAGAGCAGUUCACAACAAAGUCAUCAAAUCCGGUUUCUGUUACUCGUUCUUGGGCCACAAGCUCAUUGAUGGCUACAUCAAAUGCGGCAGCCUUGUUGAGGCACGGAAGUUGUUCGAUGAAUUGACCAACAGACACAUAGUUACUUGGAAUUCGAUUAUCUCUUCUCAUAUCAAUCAUGGGAAGUGCAAAGAAGCCGUUGAGUUCUAUGGCAACAUGCUCGUCGAGGGUGUUUUACCCGAUGCCUACACCUUCUCUGCCAUUUAUAAGGCGUUUUCACAGUUGGGUCUCCUACGCCAUGGCCAAAGGGCUCAUGCGUUAGCUGUGGUUUUGGGUUUGGAGGUCCAGGAUGGGUUUGUUGCUAGUGCCCUUGUUGAUAUGUAUGCUAAGUUUGAUAAAAUGAGGGAUGCCCAUUCGGUUUUUCUCCGUGUUUUAGAGAAAGAUGUUGUCUUGUUCACAGCAUUGAUUGUGGGUUAUGCUCAACAUGGUCUUGAUGGGGAAGCUUUAGAGGUUUAUGAGGACAUGGUCUAUAGAGGUGUUAAGCCUAAUGAGUAUACUCUUGCUUGCAUCUUGAUAAGUUGUGGUAAUCUAGGGGAUUUAGUUAAUGGUCAGUUGAUCCAUGGUCUUGUGAUUAAGUCUGACCUGGAAUCUGUGGCUUUACAGACUUCUCUCCUUACCAUGUAUUCAAGGUGCAACAUGGUCGAGGAUUCUAUAAAGGUGUUUAAUCUGCUUGAUUAUGCAAAUCAGGUGACAUGGACAUCUUUUGUGGUGGGGCUUGUGCAAAAUGGGAGAGAGGAGACUGCUGUGUCAAUAUUCAGGGAAAUGAUUCGUUGUUUGAUAAGACCAAAUCCUUUCACAUUGUCGAGUAUUCUUCAAGCAUGUUCGAGCCUUGCAAUGCUUGAAGUAGGGGAACAGAUGCAUGCCAUUACCAUGAAACUAGGAUUAGAUGGAAAUAAGUAUACAGGUGCAGCGCUGAUUAAUUUAUACGGAAAAUGUGGAAAUGUAGAGAACGCAAGGUAUGUUUUUGACGUUUUAACUGAGUUAGAUGUAGUUGCUAUCAAUUCAAUGAUCUAUGCUUAUGCUCAAAAUGGUUUCGGGCACGAGGCACUUGAACUGUUUGAAAGAAUGGAAAAAUUGGGACUUGUGCCUAAUAGUGUGACAUUUAUCAGUAUUCUGGUGGCAUGCAACAAUGCAGGUUUAGUUGAAGAAGGAUGCCGAAUAUUUUCCUCCAUUAGGAAUAAUCACAAAAUUGAAUUGACAAGAGACCAUUUUACUUGUAUGAUUGAUUUGCUAGGGCGAUCAAGGAGACUUGAGGAGGCUGCAGUGUUGAUAGAGGAAGUGAGAAAUCCAGAUGUAGUACUAUGGAGGACACUGCUAAACACAUGUAAGAUUCACGGAGAGGUAGAAAUGGCAGAGAAAGUUAUGAGAAAAAUCCUUGAGCUUGCUCCUGAGGAUGGGGGAACACAUAUCCUUUUGUCAAAUCUUUAUGCUUCUGCUGGGAAAUGGAACCAGGUGAUUGAGACGAAAAGCACAAUAAGAGAUAUGAAAUUGAAGAAAAGUCCUGCAAUGAGUUGGCUUGAUAUUGAUAGAGAGGUGCAUACUUUUAUGGCUGGAGAUUUGUCUCACCCAAGAGCUCAUGAGAUUUUUGAAAUGUUGCAUGGAUUAAUAGAGAAGGUCAAAAUUCUGGGUUAUAAUCCUGAUACCAGAUUUGUGUUGCAGGAUUUGGAUGAAGAGAAGAAAAUGAGUUCUUUAUAUUAUCAUAGUGAAAAACUGGCAAUAGCUUUUGCUUUAUGGAAGACUAUUGGUAGGACUACUACUAUCAGGAUUUUUAAGAAUCUUAGAGUUUGUGGUGAUUGCCACAGUUGGAUAAAAUUUGUUUCUUUACUUACUGGGAGAUAUAUUAUUGCUAGAGAUGCAAAGAGAUUCCAUCAUUUUAAAGGAGGUUUAUGUUCCUGUAAAGAUUAUUGGUGAAACACAUUUGUUAUAUCCUUUCCCUAGCUUCUCUAUAAAAUAAUUUUCUUAGCAGGUCAUACCGAACAUGUGAAGGUAUAACCAUGUAUGAUUAUUUCAUCUGGCCCAUUUUGUCA